GGAAGUAGUCCGGGUCCGAGAGCGGUGUCAUGUGACAGUGUUUCCGCCUCAGAGCAGAAAAGAGGAGAGAAAAUCUGAACUUUCCGCUGUUUUUCUCCCGAAAACGGCCCAGUCCGCUUUUUACGGCCCUACAGGAGGAGCUGGAGACAGACUGAGCCCAUGGGGUGCUGUUACAGCAGCGAGACGGAGGCCACCGAGCAGGAUCGAUCAGAGCGUAAGCCGCUGAUUCCACAUCCAAACCCAGACAGUAAACCCCCCAAUGGGACGGAGCGAAGCCCACCAGGACUGUCGUCCACACGCACUGAUGAACAGGCCCUGCUCACCUCCAUCCUCAACAAGACCGCAAUGAGCAUUAUUGAUGUAUCAGCUGCAGACUCCCAGGGCAUGGAGCAGCAUGAAUACAUGGACAAAGCCCGACAGUACAGCACUAAGCUGGCCGUGUUGAGCAGUACUCUGUGUCAGAAGAAGCCGGCUCCUCUGCCCUCUCUCACCAGCCAGCCUCACCAAGUGCUCGCCAGUGACCUGGUGCCAUACUCAGACGUCCAGCAGGUGUCUAAGAUAGCAGCGUAUGCAUAUAGUGCCAUCUCCCAAAUAAAGGUGGACGCCAAAGAGGAGCUUGUGGUGCAGUUUGCUAUUCCAUGAUAGGUCUUCAUCUCAACCCCUCAGCCCCGCCCCGCCCCCACAUGUCUCUCUUUCUCUCCCUUCCUCUUUUCUUCCCUUUGUGCUCGUUCUUCAGCUAACUUAGCCAGCGGGGGAUGAGCCCGCCCCUCUGCUGUCCCUUGUCCAAUCAGACGCACAGUUUCUCCCGAGGCUCCUGCGGGACAUCCUGCUUCGUGCGUGUGCUCCAAUAGUGAGUUCACCCUCGUUCGGACUGGUGACGAAUGCAUGCUGAGCAGCUCUUCAGGCCUCUUUACACUUUCUCAACAGGAUCUUAAUAAACUCGCCGCGCUCGGUUCCGCCUGUGAUGGUUCCGCCUGCGAUGGUCCUUCUGUAGCGGUGUGUUCAGGUUUGCAGCCAGACUGAUCAAAUCUAGACUCUAAAUCUGAUCACCUUUAUAGUUUCCACACGAUUCGCCCUCUUAAGGUUCCGCCCACUGACGCACAGCUACUGCCGUGAGGUUGGACAAGCUUUAGAGAGAAAAUCCCAUCCGGCCCAAUGAGAAACUGUAGCUCAGCUUUUGUUAAUUAAACGUUGUUUUGCUUUGUUUUGUUUAGGUUGGAUGACCGGUCUGGUUUAAAAUCAUACAAUGCCGAGCUGGACUUCGUUGUUGUAGAUAAUCAAGCCUAGAAACAACAAACAUCAGCGCAAUUAAAAAAUAAAAGUUCCAGGUCUGUCCUAUCAGAGCAACCUUUUAUAUGCAUACAAAAUAAACGUCAUUAGAAAUUAAAGGGCCCAUAUCCUACAUUUCUCUUGGUUUUUUUUAUUUUACCCCCUGAACUUCACUUACUACAUAAACAGUCAUAUGCAGUGAACACCAAAAACAGUCAUAAUUCAUUUCUGAACAAUCAUUUUCUUCAUCCAAUAUAAUUAAACAGGCUGUUUCUGUUCCUGUGCCUUUAAGACUGAUUAUAUGCAAAUGGGCUCUUCUGAUUGGCUUCCCUGUAUCAUAUUUAAAAAGUAGUCCAGGCUAUAACAUCAGAGUGAAUGGGCGAGGCUAAACUGCUGCAGGCUGAAUAGAUGGCUAUACGUAACUGUGACAUCACAGAAACAGUGAAUUCCAGACAGGCUGUUUCAUACAUUGACUGUGUGGAUUGGCGUUAAUGCGUUUGUGGGCGGAGCCUGAAGGGGGUGUUCAGUUUUUAAAUUCUAAGCUGCUGUGUGGGUUUGCUUAUGAAAGUGAAGUAUUGAUUACUGCAUGUUUAAAUGCUCUAAUAAUUAAUAAAGGUUCUGCAGUUAGGUUUGUACGUUUAAGUCCUGUUUAAAGGCAGUUGUAACACUAAACGGGAGUUAUUAGCGCUCGUUCUGUUCAGAAGUGCUUUCUAAAUUUUGCUUGUUUACGUUUACGGAAAACACAUUAGCACAGGUUUAUCCUCAGACAUUCACACAGGUUUAUGUUUAUUCUCACUUGUAGGACCUUUGAUGGUGAGACUGUCCCUGUCAUAAUGUUAAUGUACUGAGAUUUUAUUUUGAGUCAUUUUGCAGCGUUUCUGUUGGUCCAUUCAUCAUUAAAUGUUCACAGCUGCAUCAAACAGUGUGGACAAAUAAAAAUGACAAAAUAAAAGAUUUUUAUUAUUAUUGUUUUUAAUUAUUAUGAGUUUAUGAUAUGGAUGCGAUUAUAUGCAGCCUGGCUGUGGAACAUUCUAGAUUUGUCCAGUCUGGCUGGAGAUGCAGAAAUGAUGGGCAGCCUAUAUUAGAACAUUGGCUCCUCCCUCUGUCCACUAAUCCCAUUGUUGUCAUAAUAAUGAAAGCUGAGGUGAGGUGGGGUGGGGUGGGGUUGGGUGGGGUCUAAAUCAUGAAUAUUCAUUAGCUGUGUGUUAAAACUGUUGAAGGAAGCUGGGUCGGGGAUUCUGCUUCUAUCUGCCAUGAAUUUGGGAGGUUUUUGUUCAUAAAGAACCUUCAGAAGGAACUCUGCCAACAUUCUGGAUGAACAGAAGAUGCUAGAAGUUCAGCAGCGUACCUGAGUGUGGAGUUCUGUUUGAUGGCCUGUAGAGGAUUGUGGGUUGUGUACAGAUGAAUUUAGGGGAUUGUUGGGGGUGGGGGGGGGGUGUUUGGGCUGUGAUUAUACAUUAUAUAUUUUGUGUUGAUGCCUUUAAAACGCAGAGCGCGUCUCUAGAAAGACUAAAGCAGCAUCUGAGCUUCAGAAUCAGGAGCGUUUUAUUUUCCACAGUGGGGGCGGGGGGCCGGGGGGGUUGGGUUUUGACAGGAGAACAGUUCCAUCAUUUAAGCCCAAAGUGGACAGGCCUGUCUUAAAGGGGAAGUCCACCAAAUUUUCAAAAUUGAAAAUUAAUAAUGCAUAAUGUAGAGUUUACGAUGUAAACAGAGUGGUUUGGUGUGAAAUGGUUCAGAUGUCUUUACAGUGGUGGUGAUAGGAACCAGGGGUCGCCACGAGUACAACACAAAUAUAGACAUUUUAUUUACUGUCCAGAACCACCAGUGAACCUACACAAGUCUUCUGAGUUUAUGUGGAAUGUUGAUGAUGGAAAAUAGUGGAAAAUCUGAAAUAAUACGUUUUCUUUGGGGACUAUUUUGCCUCACAGCGCCCUGCAUGUAUCCCUCCACCAUGAAUGGAGUUUAAGUUCUCUAAACUAUCAUAAAACAGUGUCUCAGUCAUCAGGCAGUGAAUUCAUAACCAUUCAUGCAGUAAUUUCUGUGAGGGAGCUUUUAGAGGUGGACAUUUGGUUCCACUGUGAACAAUGCUGACUCGGUAAGUUUCUCUAGAGUGCAGAACCUCUCUGAAUGACUCUGUUUACAUCUUAACCACAUAAUUAUCUGGGAAUUUUGGGAAAUCAGUGGGAUUAUCUCGCUAAUCGAUCAAUCGUGUUUUGUGAAAUGAGCCCCUCAGCAGCACUUUUAGCCCACCAGUCCAUCUUUUAAACAAGAGAACACAAAAUAAGAGAUAAAGGCAUUCGUACUAAAAUCAGAACUAACAAUACAUUUUAUACACAGUUAUUAGUGAUUUAAUAUGUGCAUAUUAUAAUAAUAUUUAUAAUAAUAAUAAUAUAUAUAAUACUAAACAGGAAUUCAGCAUUGAGGAUGUUCUCUGUGACUGCUGUACUUUCUAUACAUAAUCUGAAAUAAUCAGCAGCAAAAUGUUUGUAAUUAUUUAUUUUUCUUUUAAUGUAUGUAUGUAGGCUCACGUCCGUGUAGUCAUGGUGCAUCAGCGCGCACUUUCACUGGCUUACGAAAGGGAUUAAAUACGCUGCAAACAUUUUUGUCUUUGUUUUAUUAUAAUAAUUAUUAUUAUUUUGUUGGCUUUUUUUUGCAGUGUGCUACUAGUGUUGUUCUGUUUUUCUUGUUUGUUACCUAAACGUGUACUACUACCUGAAUUACAGUGAAUUACGAUGUUCAUUUCUUAGGCUAGAACCAAAAAGUUUGAUUCAAAUAUUCUGUUAAUACUUUUUUUCCUUUGAAUGAAAUGAUGCAUUAAAGACUUUGGAAACUGUA